UGGGCCAAGUAUGAAAGUUGUCGCCUUUUGCAGGGUCCCCCAGUGCAGUGCCUGACUGCCUUCCCUCGCCUUCCCUUGGAAGACUUCUCUCUCGCCGCCGGCGUACCCCAUUUCCGGCCGGCCAUAUUUGUCCGUCUGCACGACACCAUGUCGGAGAACAGAUAAGGUUGUGCAAAGAAGGAAAAUAAACAAGAAAGGAAAAUGCAGCCAGGAAGAACUGCUGCUGAGGGAUGGGAUCACGUUAUAAAAAAUGAUCCUCCUGGAGAUACUUUUGUGCAGGGGAGUUCGAGGGAUAAUGAGAUUAUGCAACAACAGAACCUAAUCCAAGCAGAAGAAACUACCGAGAUGCGAUUUGUUUGUGACAAGGAGACUGAUGCUGUCAUGGCUGAGCCUAAGCUCUAUCAAUUCCAACGUUCUGACAUGUGGAAACCUGUUUAUGCAUGGUUAGAGACACUGAAUACAACUGAGAUUGUCAAGAAAAGUGAAAUAGUUCGCUGGCUUUCUGAAAAUCCAGCAGAAAAAAAUGCAUUGCAGUCUAGGAAUUCCCGUUACAAUUUCAUGCAUUACAUACAGAAGCUGCACAAGAAGUUGCUAAGGAAACGUGGGAGGCUUAAGGAGGGUCGUAGACCACGUGGGAGGCCACCUGUGCGGACACCUGUAAAGCCUGUAAAGAGCGAGACACCAUCAUAUGCGGUAGUUGUUCCAGGGAGCUUGCCAACAACUGAAAUGAGGGAACCUUCAUUUGGCAAAGAGAAGGCCUUUCUCAGAUAUCAGCUCUUGUCUGAACUGCAGAGCCGGUUGAUAAGCCUUCUUUCAAAAUGCAACGAUGGUGGUGAGAUGAAUAGGGAUAAACCUGGGGAUGCACCUCACAGCAUUGACACUGGGAGCUUGUCGUGUUCUGGGCGGCCAAGUCCUCAAACUCCAUUAGAUUCAAAAGCUGGCAGGAAAAGAAGAUCAAAAGAUUUUGCAACAGUAACCCCACCGACAGCAUGGACUUAUUCUGAGGCAUCUGUUGAUACCUUUUCAGGUUUUCCUUCGAGAUCAAGAUGCAGAAGAAAGAUAAUUGAUGCUGACUCUUGCUCUUCAUCAUCUUUUAAAAGUCUGUCUCUCUCAGAAGGUUGUCAAAGGAACAUAGUCACAUGUUUGCAUGGAAGAGAAAGGGGUUUUAGUUGGCCACUGACACUCUCACAGCGUGGUUAUGUUGGAAGGCAAAAUGAGAACUGGACACCCUAUCUAAAAGGUUGGAACUCACUAGGUAGGCAAUUUGUAGGGCCUGCUGUGUGGCUGGUUCAAAAAUCUUACUACUCAUGGGUUCCUACCUGGUGUGCCUAUACAUCCAGCGUGGCUGUUGCACAACCUCUUGGGAGUGUGGAUCAAGGUGUUCAGAAGGUUCUAGAUGUAAGAUUUCAUCCUGGUGGACAUCCUCAGAUUGUAUGUAGCUCUAACGAGGCACCCAAUGAAUUAUUGCUGUAUGAUCUCCUUGCUGGCAAAGCAACUGAAUUGUCUGGUCACAACUGUCAGAUUCAAGCAGUUGAAUAUGCAGUAGAAGGUGCUAGUGUUGUUUCUUGUGGUGCUAACUUAUUGAAGGUCUGGGACUCCACAACAGGUGCAUGCAUUUUCACUCUACGGCCUUCUGGUAAUGAUCGUGAUGCUAUUGGACACAUCAAGAAGAUAAAUGCUAUGGCUGUAAACCAUUGGCAAAGCUGCCUUGUGGUCACAAGUGGUAGUGAAGGUGAUGGAAAACUUCUAUUAUGGAAUGCUCUGACAGGGGAACUUGCAUCAGACCUAAAUGUUGGUAAAAGAGCAAGUGAUCAGACGUUGCCAUCAAUUGAUGCAAUGGAGUUCUGCAACCAGAAUCUUCUUGUUUGUGGUAGUGAUUCUGCUUAUGGUGGGCCUGCUCAUGUUCAGUUAUGGGACAUUGAAACUCCUCAAAGUUGUGUUUCUUUUCCAGCAAGCAACUCUUAUAUCACUUCAUUGAGGACGGACCCGAGAAGCAGCACUAUAAUCACAGGUGCUGGAGAUGGAACACUUGGGCUAUUUGACAUAAGGACAUGUGGGGGAAUAGCCCGUCUUUCUGUGGGAUCUAAUUGUGAGGUGACAUCUGUCUCAUUUAGCAGUUGUGGUACAUAUUUCCAUGCUUCAAGUACAGCCAAUAACACUUUAGUAUGGGAUACCAGACUUAUACCAAUGAACCAUGGACCAAUGCCUUCUGAAAGACCUCUUCCUGUGAACGGGUUGUCUUCUAUGAGGCCCUUGCAUUGCCUGAGCCAUGGAAAGCCAAUGCCUACUGUUGAACAUGCAGGUCAACAUCCAGGAUUUGUUGAUGUGGGGGACCAAGGUGUAAAUGAUGCUCGUUGGCUAAACACAGAAUCUAUUUUGGUAACAGCAAGUGGGAAUGGGAGUGUUGCCAUGUGGGAUGUCUCUCUUGGACAACCAUGCAUAAGAUACAUGACCACCCAUACUCGGUGUGCUAACACUGUUGCUGUAGCUCCAAAUGAUGCAUAUCUGUGUACAGGAGGAGAUGAUCAAAAAGUCGUUUUAUACCAGAAUAAGCAGAGCAAUGUCAGAGGCAGUUGGCGAUUGACACACCCAUUCUUUGACAAGGAUGUAGAUUUUUCUUAGCUAUUUUGCAGAGGAAACUGUUAUUGUAAAUGCAUUAGUUCAGCACGGGAAGGUCAAAAACGGAGAACUUGAAACUUCAUAUUUAUUAUCAUGAUUACAUCACGUGCAGAACUUGAGAAAGAUCUCUUUGUGAAGCAGGAAAAUAUUUAACAAUAAACGAUUGUUACAGAUUAGCACCAAA